CCUACUUUCUCUCUCUUCAUCCAUUAAUAACUUUCUUCAAUUCUCAGUUUCUUCAUCACACCGCUCUUCUUGCUCGUCCCAUCUUCAUCUUCUACCAAUCCGUUUCUGCUUCACUCAUAUUGUUUUCUACUCAUCUUCAGAUUGACUGGCAAAGCAAGAACUCUGGGUAUCUGAUGUCUUCACGGCUGUUAGGUGUUGAGGGGGAUGGACAAGGGAAUGCUUCCUUACUGUCUAUGGAAUCUAGGUUCCAAGAGAAUCCUGGAUUGACCGAAAGAAAUUAUCUGGGACUAUCUGAUUGUUCAUCGGUGGAUAGCUCUACUGUCUCCAGCAUCUCAGAAGUGAACAAAAAUAGUCUAAACCUUAGGGCUACUGAAUUGAGGCUUGGCCUUCCAGGAUCUCAAUCCCCUGAGAGGGAUCCAGAAAGUAGCUUGACAAGCUUUGACAAUCUUGAUGAGAAACCCUUGUUUCCUAUGCUUCCUUCCAAAGACGGGUUAUGCUCAUCAUCACCAAAGAUUGUGGUCUCUGGAAACAAAAGAGUAUUCUCUGAUACUGUGGACAGUUAUUCGGAAAUAAAGGGAUUAUCUGAAGGAAAUUGGAUGUUUGGUGCUUCUGGGGCUGAAUCUGAUGCUUCAAAAUCCCUAGGUCAAGUGAAAUUUUCUAGUAAUUCAAAUGUAAAUGGAAUGAUCUCAUCAGGAGGUCAGAUUAUGACGAUUAAAGGGACAGCCUCAAAAAUGCCACAGGAACGGCCUCAUCCAAUCUGUGGUACUAACCUUAACAACGUAAACAGCUCUAAUCCUCCUGCUGCCAAAGCACAGCUAGUUGGUUGGCCUCCAGUUAGAUCGUUUCGCAAGAACAUCCUGGCGACAAGUUCAAAGAACAGUGAUGAAGUUGAUGGAAAGCCUGGUCCAGGUGCGUUAUUUGUCAAGGUUAGCAUGGAUGGUGCCCCUUAUUUGAGGAAGGUUGAUCUGAGAGGUUACGCUACUUAUCAAGAACUUUCUUCAGCACUCGAGAAGAUGUUUACCUGUUUCACCAUUGGUCAGUGCGGAUCACAGGGAGCUCCAGGAAAGGAAAGCCUUAGUGAGAGCAAGUUGAGGGAUCUUUUGCACAGUUCAGAGUAUGUUCUUACGUACGAAGAUAAGGAUGGUGACUGGAUGCUUGUGGGAGAUGUUCCCUGGGAUAUGUUCAUCAGUUCAUGCAAGAGGCUGAAGAUCAUGAAGGGCGCAGAUGCUAUCGGCUUAGCUCCAAGGGCCAUGGAAAAAUCAAAGAACAGAAAGUAAGCAGGUGUUGGGAAAGGAGUAGUAGUUUUGGUGUGGGUGGAAGAAAUGAAGGGGUUAUGUUAUGGUGGUGGCUUUCCUUUCUGUUUUGUGGUUGAUGGGGAGUGGUGCCAUGAUGGAAAUGAUUAUUUCAAUUCAUGGAGGGAAUUAUAGGAACAGAAUUAAAAUGGCAUAAUAUAUCAUAUGCUCAAUUGUUGGAAUGUUUGAUGUUAUUAUGAUUGUGUCUGUGUGAUUUCAGAACAUCUUAGAAAGCAAAGACUUGCGUUGUAGUUAAUUGGUAUUAUUAUUUUAUGGAUUACGUUAUAUGAUUUCAAAUUACCCCUA